CUCGCCUUGUAAUCAGGACCUCAUCACAUUCGACUCCACAACAGCUGCGACAUUCUAAAAUACAAUGGACAGCUUCAGCGGAUCUUCUUCUGCCGCAAAGAUCGUCAACGAUGAAAACAAAAAACAAAAAUAUUCCCCACCUACCGGCAAACCUCAAAAAGCCAACCGCAAUAUCAUGCUCGAGAAGUUCCAGGCCAAUGUCAAACCAUCAGUCGUUCAAUAUACAUACAUAUCAAAGCCAUUCUUCUUCUACGGGUCUCUUAUGGAUCCACUGCGACUCCAAGAAGUUCUUCAGCUUCCGGCACCACCAGUCCUCAAACCAGCCAGAGUAAGGUCCUACAAAAUCAUGCUAUGGGGGCAAUAUCCUGCUCUAGUGGACGGGCCAAGUAACAGCUAUGUUGAUGGCAUGUCUUACGUUGUAGAGACCGAGAAGCAACAGAAGAUGCUUGAGCACUAUGAGACAGACGUUUAUAGCGUUGCAGGCAUACGGAUUUCGAUUGAAGGGAAAGAGGUGUUUGGAAGAACUUUUAUGUGGGCUGAUGACCCUAUAGAGCUAAUCGAAGGUACAUGGUCGUUGGAAGAGUGGAAGAAUGGAGCGGAGGAGGAAAUGGCAUCGCAUUUUCGACGAUUGAGUAGCGUUACCAGAUCAAGUACUUCAAAAUUCCUAUUCGAGAACUGUUUGGUGACAAGGUUGGGAUCUUGGACUAAGAUUCAAGGAAGUUCAAAGAGUGUGAAUGAAAGGGUCUUGUAAAGAUAGAGACGAGAAGAGAAAAGGAAGGAUGGAGGAGGAGUACUUAUGUAUCAAAAGGAAAGAGGCUAAGUGAGAUACCGACCCCACUUGUGCCUUCUAAAUCCCAC